AUGAAUGACAGGACAGCUUCCAAGCUCGCAUCGCUACCCUCUGAACAUCAGCUUGCCUAUGAAGCAUUCAUGGAGAGCUCGAACUUGGAGGAAGCUGUGGAUGCGUACUUGAAGGGAACUAAAAAUGUAAAGUUCGAUAUAGUGGUCAACAUUAUGGGCCCUGAGUCAAUUUCUGAGGCUGUGGGCCAGCAAUUGUCAGAACGUCGAAUGUUUCUACAACGGCCUUACCAACUGCCCGAAGGCACAACAUACAUCAACCCCCAGUACCUGGUCAUGGACGACGCAUUUGAGGAUGAGCUUGGGGGAUAUUAUAGCGAAGGAGGAGAAGGACCAGGAACUGAUUCUCUUGACGGAGAUCACAAGCAGCUUUCAGCACACGACGACCCGAAUGGUGAACUAUGGAACAUAAUCGACAACUCUUCUGUGCCCGAAGGGAUGGCCCGGAUUGAGGUAGAUCAAAAUAUCCAUACAGUCUUGAUGGAACACCAACGAGAUGUUGUGGAUUUCAUAAUAGCCAGAGAGCGCGGGAUUGCCACCAGAGGUCGAAGACUUUGGACAGAAGAGCGCACAGAUGACGGCCUCGUUGUGUUCCGUCACAAGAUUACUGGUGUACCCAGUCCAGCUCCCACAGAUGUGUCAGGAGGGAUCCUCGCAGACGAUAUGGGUUUGGUGUUGCUUGAUAAUUGGCUUGAGGAGAUAACGAAACACGUCGUGCCAGGGAAAAUUCGUUGGCACAAAUAUCAUGGUUUGAUGAGGCAACUUGAACUCAAGUCUGUCCGCUCAUACGAUAUUGUGCUGUCUACUUACGGGACUGUGGCGGCUGAUCUAGCUCGCAACCGUGGGUUGCUAAACCAAAUACACUGGUAUCGGAUAGUGCUCGAUGAAGGUGAUCCACCUUAG